AUGUCCUUCGGAAAUAUUCUCCAGCUGAACACAGGCGCAUCCAUCCCCGAGAUCGGUCUCGGCACCUGGCUCUCUAAACCAAAUGAAGUCGAAAGUGCUGUCGAGAUCGCCGUCCGAAAUGGUUACCGUCACCUUGACCUUGCUAUGAUCUACCGGAACCAGGAUGAGCUUUUCAUUACCUCGAAACUCUGGAAUUGCUCGCACCAGCAAGGACCAGCUGAGGCAGAACUUGAUGAGACACUGAAGCAGCUUGGACUCACCUACCUCGAUCUCUACCUUGUACACUGGCCCGUUGCUUUCGAGCCUGGAAACGGUCUUAACCCCCCACAUCCGACCAAGGAAGGAGAGGCACACUUGGAUCUUAAUACCUCCCUUGUUGACACCUGGAAAACGAUGAUCAGUCUGAAGGCAACCGGCAAGGUCAAAGCUAUUGGUGUUUCUAACUUCACGAGCAAGCACAUUCAAGGCUUGAUUGACGGUACUGGCGUCGUUCCUGCUGUUAACCAGAUCGAAGCUCACCCUCUACUUCCGCAAGAUGACCUCGUUGCAUACUGCAAGAAGGUGGGUGUCCACAUCACCGCUUACAGCCCGCUAGGCAACAACUUUGUCGGCAAGCCCAUGCUUACCGAAAAUGCUGAUGUGAAGAAAGUCGCCGAGAAGCUCGGCGCAACUCCUGCCCAGGUUCUCGUCGCCUGGGGUACUUACAGGGGCUACUCUGUUAUCCCCAAGUCUGUGCAAGAGAGCCGAAUUAUCUCGAACUUCAAGCAGGUUACACUCAGCGAGGAGGACUACGAAAAGGUUACUGCGAUCGGGGUGGGUAACUUCGAGCGCUUCAACAUUCCCGUGCGCUUUAAACCCAAGUGGGACAUCAACCUCUUUAACGAGGAACUUGAGAAGACCGCUACCUACCAGGUUAAUAUUGCAUAGGUGUCGGGGAAGGAAAAGGAAAGAAAUCAGUGUAUUUUUUAUCAAGCAUGUAUGCUCAGGCAGUACCAUGUAAAACCCUCAUAAACCGGCGACAGUGAGGCGUGAUCCACGAUAUCAAUACAGUCGAACAAAUCCUGAGCCUGAUACGGUCCUACACCAGUAAUGUAGGCUACUGUGGAUGGAUUGAUCAUCUGAGACCUUACGAUGGGCACGCGAUACUAGCACC